AUGAGUGCUGCUGCUACUGAAGGACCGCCUGAAGCGAAAAAAUUCCGUAUCGAUCUGCCGACACAGGUGGUCGUCGAACCAUCGUUGUGCUCGUCAGAAUCACCCGAUGGGCCAGCCGCAGCUGAUGGGCAAUCGCCGGCAGGGCCAAGCUCUGCUCGUUCCACUAAUGGAUCCGAGAUUUCGUCUGGAUCGUCAGUGGAAAAAGACGAUGAACCAGAGCCAGGUAUGACCGGUAAUAUACUGGAAAUGAUAAGUAAAAGUCUCCUUGGAAAUGCAUUUAAGGUUAGUCUGCUCGUUAUUAUUACGAUGUACUACUAUAACAUAUUACUACAAAAUAGACUAUAA